AUGGUCGUUCGAGAAGUCGAUCAUAAACCCUUUCACAUCAAAGUUGACGGCAAAUGGGUUUUCGUGGAUGAGGAAGUGCUGAGAGCUCAUCCCGGAGCGUCCGCCAUCACAGCAUACCGUAACUCGGAGGCAUCAACCAUCUUCCACACAUUCCAUGGUGGCUCGAAAUGGGCUUACAAGUGGCUGGCCGAGUUGAAAGAGAAAACCGAUCAAAAUGUUGACAUAAAGAUCAAAAAAGAACAACAAAUCCCAGGCCAUGAUGACAUUAACAUGUCCGAAUUUCACAUGUCUAAAGAAAAAGGCGAAGAGCUGACACGAAAAUUCGAUCAUCUUCGACUCGAAGUCCGCAAACGGGGAUACAUGGAUUCGGAUAAGAUAUUUUACGUUAGAAAGACUCUUGAGACGAUUUUCACGAUCUUAGCCGCUUUCUACCUUCAAUACCACGAGCAUUACAUUGUGUCAGCGAUUUUGAUGGGAAUCGCCUGGCAACAACUUGGAUGGCUUAUUCAUGAGGCGACUCAUCAUCAAGUGUUCAAGAAUCGAUGGCAUAAUGAUUUGUACAGUUAUUUGGUGGGCGAUUUCCUGCAGGGUUUCUCGGCUUCGGGAUGGAAAGAGCAACACAAUGUGCAUCAUGCGGCAACAAAUGUUGUCGGACGAGAUGGAGAUCUUGAUUUGAUGCCAUUCUUUGCUACGGUUGCGAGACAUUUAAAGGUGGCCGACUCGUGGCUUCUCUCAAUUCUUCCCUAUCAACACAUGUACUGGACAUUGGCCCUUCCCUUCCUUCGUCUCUCGUGGUUGAUCCAAUCGGUUUCUUUCGUCUCCUCGAUGCAUGCCUCAUUCUAUACAGCGUAUCGAGAGAGAGCAAUUUAUGAACAGGUGUCCCUUUUCUUGCACUGGGUUUGGGUGUUCGCUCAGCUGUAUUUCCUUCCCGAUAACCACACUCGGCUCGUUUUCUUCCUUGUCUCACAGCUCCUCGGCGGUUUCCUUUUGGCUCACGUUGUCACGUACAAUCACUACUCGGUCGAUAAAUAUGCUUAUGAUUCGUCGAUUCUCGAGGUGUAUCCAUGCCUUCAAUUGUACACAACGAGAAAUAUGAAACCGUCGAUGUUUAUCGAUUGGUUGUGGGGCGGUUUGAAUUAUCAAAUCGAGCAUCACCUUUUCCCCAUGAUGCCCAGACACAAUUUGUCAAAGGUGAUGCCAUUGGUGAAAGAAUGGUGUCGAGAGAAUGAAUUGCCCUAUAUGGUUGAUGAUUAUUUCACCGGAUGGAAAGCCGUCAUUCAACAGUUCGCCUCGGUGGCCUCGGUGGCAGACAAAAUGAACAAGAAAUUCCUUCGUCAAUUCAUCGCGAUUCGUCUCCCCGAUCAAGUGCUCACUUUCAGCUUCACCAUUCUACCAAAACGAAUAUACUGUAACUAUUUGCGUCAAUUGGUGAUCGUUCAAUCGUCUCCGAGUGGAUUCGAAAGUCGGAAAGCGAUUCGACAAACAUGGGCCUCUAGAGAGGAAACGAGCGGGAUUUUGAAUGGACAUGUGAAAGUGAUGUUUUUGCUUGGAGCCACUGAGGAUCGAUCAAUUCAGAAAAAGAUUGUUGACGAAUCGUUAGCAUUGAAUGAUAUCAUUCAAUAUUCAGGAAUUGAUAGCUAUCGAUCACUUGUUUAUAAAAGCCUUGUCAUGUUGAAAUAUCACGAGAUGCAUUGUCCAGCUGAGGUUUUGGUGAAGGCUGAUGAUGACGUGUUGAUGCAUUUAGAUCGCUUGCAGAAAAGACUCGAUUUCUCAGAAAUGUUCGGCUCACCAUUCAUCGCUGGCUUGGUGGCAUUCGAGGGAUCGACGAAAAUCAUUCGAACGAAAGGACACAAAUGGUACGUGUCAGAGGAAUCUUUGCCGGGAAGAGUCUAUCCAACGUACGCGAAAGGAUUAGCGUACAUUAUAUCGAGAGAAGCGAUUCCGAUUCUACUCAAUAAUACGCAGCUUUAUAAAACAAUUGAGAUCGAAGACGCCUACAUAACGGGCAUUUUAGCCACAAAUACGACAAUCAAAUUCCUGAAAAUGCAUGGCGGAUUAUUGUAUAAUUCAAGAGUUCCCCCAAAAGGAGACUGCUUCGAUGGACAACCGAUCACUUUUUGUGUGCACGCAUUUAAGGGUGAAACGCGAUUGAAAAAGGGAUGGAGUGAGCUGAAGAAUCAGACUUGU